AUGAAUAUAUUGCCUAAAAAGAAGUGGCACGUGAGGACGAAGGAGAAUGUUGCACGUGUACGUCGUGAUCAGAAGAAAGCUAAGGAGGAAAAAGAGGUGGUGAUGGGAAGAGCUCAGCUUGCAGAGCAAGAAUACAAGGUAAAUUUACUGCGUCAAAAUGCGGAACGAAUGGAGGUAAUGUAUAGAGAUGGAAAAAGUGGAGCUGAUCAGAAUAACACGCAGUUCAUCAACUCUUCCAGCCAUAUAAAUCUUUUCGCUGAUUUAGAAGGAGAAUACCGGAAAAAUUUUGGAGUAGGAAAUCGAGAUUAUGCAUUAGAGAGGAAAAAGGAACAAGAAGAAUAUGAGAAGAAAGUUGGCAUCUUGCAGUGUCUUGGACAAGGGUCCAGUGAGUUGACGAAAGAAAAGCCGUGGUAUGAAAAAGUUCCAACAAAGAAGGAAGAGUUCAGAAAAUCGGAAAAUCGAUCAUGUGUUGUUAAGUUGUUCAACAAAUCCGCUAGAGACACCUGUGAAAAGAUAAAGAAAAGGCAGCAUAAAAGGAAGUGUAAGAAUAAGGAAUCUCAUCAUAAAAAGCGCGAAAAAAAAAGCAAACACCAUGAUAAAAGUUCACUGGAAAUAUUGUCAAGUGAAGAAAAGCCGUCGACUUUAGAAGAAAAUUCAAAGAAGCAGAAGUUAGAAAAGCUAAGACAGGAACGCUUGGAUCGAGAAGCAAAAGAACGAAAGCGUUUAACCAAUUUGUUGACGUCCUCAGGAAGCAAGGAAGAAGGAAAGGAGGGAAAUGUUGCGAAAUAUAAUUCACAAUUUAAUCCAGCAUUAGCACGACAGAAUCAAAUCCGUUAA